GGAUAGAUCGCAGCCUUCAUACACCAUUCCAACGACCCCAAAUAACACCUCCUUCUGCCACCGAAAUGGCGCCCUUCCUCUCCCGUGCCAAACUCCGCCACCGCCUCCUCCUCUCUCUGCUCGCGCUCCUCACUCUUCUCUGCAUCUCCCAUGCAAGGCUGAAUCUUGAUCCUGCAGAUUCCAGAGCCCUCCUCACCGUCCUCAAAGACUUGGGCGUCAACGGUCAACGUCAACCCUCAACCAAUCUUUGUACCGUCGCCGGUGUAUUCUGCGAGAGGAGGCUCUCCAACAACAAUACCUAUCUCCUUAAGGUCAGCAGGAUCGUGUUCAACUCCCAAGCCCUCACCGGCUUCCUCUCCCAGGCUAUCGGACGCCUCUCCGAGCUUGGAGAGCUCUCCCUCCCCAACAAUCACCUCCUUGACAGACUCCCCCCUCAGAUUGUUGACUGCAAGAAGCUCGAGAUUCUCGACCUUCAAAACAACCAGUUUUCUGGUGAAAUACCCUCUAAUUUGUCUUCCUUGAUUCGCCUUCGUGUUCUCGAUAUCUCCUCCAAUAAGUUUUCUGGAAAAUUGAGUUUCUUGCAGUAUUUUCCCAAUCUGGAAAGACUUUCCGUUGCCAACAAUCUAUUUUCCGGGAAAAUUCCACCAUCCGUUCGUUCGUUUCGCAACCUGCAGUUCUUGGAUUUCUCAGGAAACGGUCUCCUGGAAGGUCCGGUACCUGUACUGGACAGAAUCGAAGCAUCGACUAGGUAUCCAAAAAGAUACAUUUUCGAAGAGAAUGGAAAGGUAACCGGACACUAUAAAACUUCCAACUCUAAUAAUGCUCCUUCUCCUUCUCAAGCUCCCAGUCCGACACCAGCACCAUCGGAUAAUCACAAACCUAAGCACAAGCAAAGAAAAUUGAUGGGUUGGCUUUUAGGAUUCCUUGCCGGAGCAGUAGCCGGGAGCAUAUCUGGGUUCGUCUUCUCCAUCAUGUUUAAGUUAAUGAUAGCGGCAAUCAAAGGUGGAAGACGAGAUUCUGGCACCGCAAUCUACAGUCCAUUGAUCAAGAAAGCAGAGGAUUUAGCUUUCUUGGAGACAGAAGAGGGAUUGAGUUCGCUGGAGAUCAUAGGAAAAGGAGGGUGUGGAGAAGUCUACAAGGCUGAAUUGCCAGGGAGUAAUGGAAAGAUGAUUGCCAUAAAGAAGAUUAUUCAGCCCUCAAAGGAAGCUACUGAGUUGACUGAAGAAGAUAGCAAGCUUCUGAACAAGAAGAUGCGACAAAUCCGAUCAGAGAUUGCCACAGUUGGCCAAAUUCGGCACAGAAAUCUUCUUCCUCUUUUGGCUCAUGUUCCCCGGCCGGAUUGCCAUUACCUUGUAUACGAGUUCAUGAAGAAUGGAAGUUUGCAAGAUGCGUUGAUUCAGGUUUCGGAGGGGAGACGGGAGCUGGAUUGGCCGGCUCGACACAAGAUUGCUCUGGGUGUGGCAGCUGGGCUCGAGUAUCUCCACACGCUCAACAGUCCUCGAAUCAUUCAUAGAGAUUUGAAGCCGGCAAACGUUCUCCUUGAUGAUGACAUGGAAGCUAGAAUUGCAGAUUUUGGGCUUGCAAAGGCUAUGCCUGAUGCUCAGACUCAUAUCACAACUUCCAAUCUGGCAGGAACUGUGGGAUAUAUAGCUCCGGAGUAUCACCAGACGCUGAAGUUCACAGACAAGUGUGACAUCUACAGUUUUGGUGUUCUCCUAGCAGUUUUGGUGAUGGGGAAGCUCCCAUCUGAUGAAUUUUUUCAGCAUACAGAUGAGAUGAGCAUGGUUAAGUGGAUGAGAAACGUUAUUAUUUCCGAGAAUCCCACCCAAGCAAUUGAUCCAAAACUAAUCGGAAGUGGGUAUGACGAGCAAAUGCCUUUGGUUCUGAAAAUUGCCUGCUUCUGCACUGUGGACAAUCCAAAGGAGAGACCUGGCAGUAAGGAUGUUAGGUGUAUGCUGUCUCAGAUCAAGCACUAAGUAUGCAAGGAGAUGUAUCAGUACUAUUCAAGAAUAAUUAUGUCUAAGCAAAUUAAAGAAUGUGUGUGAUGUAGGUUUAUUUUGGUGUAACCAGUUCCAGUCUGUAAGAUGUAUAAUUUACAGCAAUAAUUAAUGCUUUCAAGAAUCUUGAUUUCAGGUUUCACUUGAAUGUAUCAGAAAUUGGUGAAUUAAAGAUAAGUUUAACAG